CCGACAAACCUACAGCAAACAACAACCACAACAAUGCUUCACUUCCGCACCGAGGGCUUCAACGGCUGCGCAGUCAAAUACUCUCCAUUCUUCGACAACCGCCUGGCGGUCGCCGCCUCCGCCAACUAUGGCUUAGUGGGCAAUGGACGACUCUUCAUUCUCGAAUUGACUCCCCAUGGCAUUGUCCCCGCCAAACACUUCACGACCCAAGACUCCCUCUACGACCUUGCCUGGUCCGAGAUCCACGAGCACCAAGUCCUGGCCGCCAGCGGCGACGGGAGCAUCAAGCUCUUCGACACGAGCCUGAACGACUUCCCCGUGCAGAACUGGAAGGAGCACAACCGCGAGGUGUUCAGCGUGCACUGGAACCUGGUGGCCAAGGACCGCUUCAGCUCCAGCAGCUGGGACGGCACGGUGCGCGUCUGGUCGCCGCACCGCCCGCACUCGCUCCUCACCCUCCCCACCCACAGCUGCACCUACGCCGCCAGCUUCUCGCCGCACUCGCCCGACCUGCUCGCUUGUGUCACCUCGGACUCGUACCUGCGGCUCUACGACCUGCGCACCCCGGCCUCCGCCUCCAACCAUCUCACCUUACAGAUUCCGAUCCAUGCAGGUGGUGGCGGAGCAGGAGCAGGGGCAGGGGCAGGAGCAAGCAUCAUGGCGCCGCAACCGGGGGCGCCGCCGCCGUUGAUGGCCGGUGGCUCCGCCCCCGCCGAGGCCCUCACGAUGGAUUGGAACAAGUAUCGGCCCUCGACGCUGGCCACCGCCGGGGUGGAUCGCACCAUCCGGACCUUCGAUAUCCGGGCCCCGCACCAGGGCCCGCAGACCGUCAUGCUGGGUCACGACUACGCCGUCCGCAAAGUCGCCUGGUCGCCGCAUCUGUCCAACGUCCUGCUCAGCGCCAGUUAUGAUAUGACCUGUCGCGCCUGGACGGAUCAGUCCCCCGCUGGGGUCGUCGGGGAUGUCGACGUGAUGCGUGCCGGGCAUGGCGGUCCCAACAUGGGAGUGGAAUUGGGGCGAAUGGGCCAGCAUACGGAAUUCGUCACGGGGGUGGAUUGGUGUCUGUUCGGGAGUGAGGGGUGGUGUGCCAGUGUCGGAUGGGAUGAGAGUCUAUAUGUUUGGGACGUACGGGCUGUGAUGGGUGGUUGAUUCCGGUUUGUCCUGAGCCACCUCUUUUUCUCACUGUCUUUUCUUCUUCUAUAUCAUGGAUAUAUGAUAUUAGACUGCAUGAUACCAACAUU